UGUCCCUAUUUUGGGGGCAUUGUCCCCCGUUAUUUUUUAAUUUGUCUACGUUUUUGUGCUAAGAAGUUGAGUGAGAGCUAUAGCCCAAUAUGGAGUGAUGUGUCUUCAUAGAAGGGAAAACCAUUUAAAAACAUAGGGGGAAACAUUAAAAGUGACAAACCUGCAAAUAUGUGAAGUACUUUUUUUUCUGACGGAUUUCCCUGAUACCGUUCUUGAAACGCCAAGCAUGCAACUUUUCUGGUGUGCCUAAUGAGUACGCUGGUACAAUAUCACAGACGGCUUUUGACCAGGACAGAAUUAACCUGGGAGUGCUAACAGCUGGUGUAGCACCUGCGGCCAUUAAGGUCCGUGCUUCUUUAUGGGGUGAGAGUAACUGAAAAUCGAUGAGUGUGAACAGUGUCAUGACAUUGCCGUAUCAGAAUAAAUCAUAAUAAGAAAUCUCCUGUUUCAGCACUUGGCAAGCAGUAGAUAUGUCAGACUUCCAACAGAUGAAUUUGUUGAACAUUAAUAACCUUAGGGAGCCUAUCUUAAAGAAACUUAGUGACAUGCUUGAUACAAGCAACAAAGGGUGGAGGAAACUAGCAGAAAAAGUUGGAAAUGAUAAAAGGUUCCCUUUAAGUUCUUCAGAUGUGGCACAGUGCUCUCUAAAGGUCCUCGAUGCGGGUGGCAGCCCGAGUCGGAGUUUGCUGCGUAUGCUUGGUGACAGAGGAUGCACAGUAAAGGAUCUGGUAGAAUUCCUUCUUUCACUGGGUCAUACCGAUGUCAUGCAGUAUUUCCAGCCUACAGGCUUGAAGAUCGAGGUCCAGCCAGAAUCAAGAGCUGUCUUGCCUGGACAGAUUGUCAAACUCUGCUGCCGAGCAUCUUCUCAUCUUUUUGUGCAAUAUCAGUGGUUCAAAAUGAAAGAAGAGGUUCCAAAUGGAAAUUACUCUGAACUUGUUUUUAAUCCUGUUCAAACUGAAGACGCUGGAUUUUACAUCUGUCGUGUCAACAAUGCCUCUCAGUUUGAAUUCAGUCAGUGGGCACAACUGGAAGUUUGCAAUAUAAGUGCAUCUAUUUCCGAUUACAGGCUUGGAUUACCUGAGAAUAAACUGCAGAUCUGCAUACAGCCUCAGUCUCAGAAACUGAUAGUAGGAGAUAAGUUGGUUUUGGAGUGUGGAGCUGUUGGAAAGCCUAUUCCACAAUAUCAGUGGCUCAGAAAUGGAGAUCCCCUGAAAGAUGGAUUUAACAAAGUAUACACGGUACCCAGUGUCACCACAGAACAUUGUGGAAGGUACUCCUGUCUUGCAUAUAAUGGGGAAGAACAGGUGCACAGUAGGCAAGCUGACAUCUACAUUGGGCCCAGAUGUGAUGUGUCUGUAGCCAUCGAGUGCACAGCAGAAGAGUUGCAUGACUUUGGAGAAAGGGAUGCUGAUCACUCAGAAUUACCAUAUUAUACUGAACAGUGUAGUGAAAGGCAUUAUGCAACUGACAAGGUGGCAUUAUUAAUAGGAAACAUGAGCUACCAGAACCAUCUGCAGCUGAAAGCUCCUAUGGUGGAUGUAUAUGAACUGACAAACUUGCUGCGGCAACUGGACUUUAAAGUGGUGUCCUUGCUAGAUCUUACAGAAUCGGAGAUGAGAAAUGCAGUGUAUGAAUUUUUAUUACUUCUAGACAAAGGAGUAUAUGGUCUACUGUAUUAUGCUGGUCAUGGGUAUGAAAACUAUGGGAAUAGCUUCAUGGUCCCAGUUGAUGCCCCAAAUCCGUAUCGAUCAGCUAAUUGUCAGUGUGUACAAAGCAUACUCAAACAGAUGCAAGAGAAAGAAACAGGACUAAAUAUCUUCUUGUUGGAUAUGUGCAGGAAAAGGUGCCAAGGAGCUGAGGCCUUUGAAAUUCAACAUUCAGGAUUAGCUAAUGGUAUAUUCAUGAAAUUCUUGAAAGAGCGCCUGUUAGAGGAUAAGAAAAUUACUGUCCUACUCGAUGAAGUUGCAGAAGAUAUGGGCAAGUGUCGUCUGACCAAAGGAAGGCAGGCAUUGGAGAUUCGCAGCAGUUUGUCUGAGAAGAGAUGUUUAUCAGAUCCUAUCCAGAAAACAGCUUGUUCUGCAGAAUCCCUGGCACGCAACCUACAGUGGGCAAAGGCUCAUGAACUUCCAGAGAGUAUGCACCUUGAAUUUGAUUGUGGAGUUCAGAUUCAGCUAGGAUUUGCUGCUGAAUUCUCUAAUGUUUUAAUAAUAUACACAAGAAUCAUCAGUAAACCAGAUUGUGUAAUUGACUGUGAGGCGUAUGUCACUGACUUUCCACCGACUCUAGAUGUGGACCCCAAAGUGAGCAACAAAGAGACUCCUGAGGAAACUGGUAGCUAUCUAUUGUCUAAAGACCUUCCAAAGCAUUGUUUGUAUACGCGGCUGAGUUCACUGCAGAAACUAAAGGAACGUUUAACCUUCACAGUAUGUCUGAACUACCAGUACCAGGGAAUGGAUGAUACUGUGGAAGAGAGACGAGAAGUGGAUGUAGGAAAGCCUCUUAUUGCCAAACUGGAUAUCCAUCGGGGAGUCAGAAGAAACAGCUGCCUUCAGACAUGUCGGAUGCCACACAGUCCCUCACAGAGUCCCACUCACAGUCCUUCCCACAGCCCUGGAAGAACAGAGCACUACCUGUCUCCUCACAGUCGUAAUUAUACUGGUUCAUACCUUGAUGUUUACCAACGAACUGUUAAACACCUUGACACUGCUUCCUGUAUUGUCCCUCAACAAGCACAGCCCUGCCAGUAUGACCUUUAUGCUUCAUGGAGCCAGCUGCCACCAUAUUACUCAACACAGAGAAGGAUUAAUAUCCCCGUAGAAACAACUGAUGACACCACUGAACUGCAGUCUGAAUUUUCAGACAGUCUUCAUUUAUUUUCAAAUAGGUAAACCAAAUGUUUUAAUGCUUAAUUGGCACUACUCGAUAGUAGAUGCAUUACUUAUAAAGGGCAGUAAACAUUAAAACAAGACAAAAGGCUGGGCCUACUACUCAUUUGUAAGAUAUUGAACAGAAGUGUUUUCUUAACAGCAUAUUGCAGAUAGUAAAUAAUAAAGCAAUUACUUUUUUUUA